UGUACAUUCCUCAUACUCCGGAUCUAGAUAGUACAGGAACGCCGCGACGGAGUGAAGCAAGGCGACGACACGACGGAUUUCUACACCACAUGACACUAUCCAGGAACACGUAAGGUCAAUGUUGGGUCGUGGUGUCAAGCGGAAGUGGAGCUGCUUGGAGGAGCUGGAGGCCAAGGUGCUCCCUGACCCUGCAGCGACGGAUGAAAAAAGGCCAAACAUGGAGGAGGACGAGCGAGAAGACCCUUCCAAGUCUGACAUGAGCCACUUGCAGCAGCGUCAGCUGGUGCUCAGCCUCUGCUUGAAGAAGCUUCAGCACUACCAGGCCGGUAUGGAGCUCAGCCUGCGUCGCUCCGUGCUCCUCAUCAACACGCUCAGGCAGAUCCAGGAGGAAAUCCGGAGUGAUGGCACUGGAACCUGCACCUCGGAUAUACUCCUCCAGGACGUCGACCCCGACUCCUGUCUUCUCAGGGACGACUUCAGAGAGGACAUGCCAGUUACAUGCCCCGGAUGCGUGGAGGGAGAUGGCGAAAACCUGUCUCUGUCUCCUCCGCUUUCCCCAGAAUUCCCCUCUCAGGAGGCGAACAGCUCCCCCGACCAGCAGAAACCUCUGCCCACCGCCAUCAGUAACACUUUUAGUGAUGCAGGAAACACCAUGGGCUACCUAAGUGACCUUGCCCUGGACGAUAUCUUUGAGGACAUUGACACAUCGAUGUACGAGACUUCAGAUUUGCCUUCCGCCUGGGCAGCAGGUUCUCUGUGGCCUGUCAGCGUGUCGCUUUGGCCUGACGAGGACAUGAAGCUGCGCCCUCCCAGCCAUUCCUCACCUGGAAGCCUCCAGUCGUGUCUAAUGGACCUGAAUGAGCUGGACCACAUCAUGGAGAUCCUAGUAAAGUCCUGAUCACCAGGACAAACUCUUGGACCUGCUAAAACAAGGUUAGAAGCUGCUCUGGCUGAAUGAAGGCUGAUGAACUCUAAUGCAAAGUUGGACUUUUUAAGGCUCCAUCUGACAGCAUCUGAACCUGUGUUUAAAUCUGGUAUGAGGCAGAAUAACACACUAAUUCUUCCGCUCGUACGUCUGUUAUGAGGAAUCAGAUUUACAUCUGUGUUUGUGCACUAAAUUUAGAUGAAAUAUUUAUUAUAAACUAUCAUAUUUUAUGAACUAUAAGCUGAGGAAUAUGUUUUUGACAGCAAAAUAAAACUAUUUUAAAGAAUAAUUUAUUAGUAAUUUUCCAGAAAAAAUAAAAAAAAUCCAUACAAAACAAUCAAAUUGAUGAAUUGAAAGUGGAUGUAGCAUUUCCACAUUGUCCCAUUCCUCCCAUCAUCAUUUCUAUGAACAGAUCAGGUAGCUUUUCUUCUGUUUUUGCAACACGCUGGGUUUAUAAGUAGUUGUUGCACCAAAGAUGAAGCCAUGUUCGCCGUGUUCCUUCUAUCACUAAGACUGUAAUUGUAGAUGGAAACUCAACAUUUCCACCCUCAAGUAUUCCCCUAACUUUUCUUUCCCCCGUUCCUGCAAGUUUUAGCUGAAGCGGCGGCAGCUCUUUGGGAAGAAGAAACCUGAGCUGCCGUGAGCGUGCGUCACUCAGGCUGUCAGAUCGGACCUGGGUUGAUUAUUAAUUGAAAUCCCUUCAAUUACUUAAGAGAGCAUGCUGCAGCCAGCCAGGAGGGCAAAGGCCUGGGUUUGCUUGCAGUAUUGGGACUGAAAGGUUUCUUGCUGCAGCAUGCGGGGAGAAGAGAAUGAAAUCAUGCAGCAUUUUGGACUAUUUAACAUGUAUUUAUUGGGUUGGUUGCAAAGAAAAGUGCAAUGAGAGGACAUCUGAUUGCUGUGAUGAAGAAAGGGUUAACUGUUUGACUUGUUGGAAUGUUUUUAUCUAAUAUAAUUUUUUUAUUUAUGGAUAAAAAAUUUGCUACAACCUGCAGCAGAUGCAACUUGUUCCCUUGUACAUAGACAUUAUCGCUUGGCUUUGCGUGUAACUUAUCCUUUAGAUUCUUCCUGACCUUGGCCUGUCAGAUGAAUGGCUGCUGUUGUCACAAUUGUACCGUUUGUGACACACAAAAAAAAAUGAGGCAGCCAGUUACCCUCAUGGCAGCUUGUAUUUACGGUAAAUCCAACAGUACAUGAACGCAGCAUAAAAUAUGUAUUUUUAUGUAGAAAUGUAACCCCGGUCUGCUUGAGACUGAGGAGCUGAUUAACAAUCAGGAGACUUUGCCAUGUUUCAGAAAAUUGUAAAUGACAACAGAGGCCUCUGUAUUUUUAUGGCCUUGAUGGUAUGACUUUUUAUUCCAAUGUUCGGGGAGUGUUUUUAAAAGUUUUUGUAUGUGUUUCUACCUGACACUGCAGAAGAGAUACAGCAAGUGAUGGGUCGCGAUGAAUCACAUGCUUGACCUUCACUAUUUGUGGUUUACUCCUGUUCUACCUCCUGUUUGUUGCUGGUUUACCCUCACACUCCUGCUUUACACCCAGAGCCAUGUACCGCUCAUCUCUUGAUAGUUUAUAUCAUCCUUUUAACGCUUUGCUGUCCAACCAAAGUACUCCGUCCUCAUCUCAUGUUGAAAACGUGCCUUACUACUGAAUCUGGCUUUAUUUGUGAUAUGCUUCUUCUUUCUGUCUGAGCUUAACCUUCAUUGAUUAAAGAGAGAAAAACCUUCGACCUGCAGUGAGCUGUGUUAUGUAAAGCACUCAAAAAGCCAGAGCUGCAUUUCCUCCCUCUUCUUGGCCAUUUUCUACACUCACUGAAUACUACAGGCAUAUGAGUCUAAUGUAUCCUGACAGGAUGAUAGCAAACUAGCCAAGGGAGGAGGUGGCAGUGAGGGCCAGGGGGGAAAAAUAGGAGGAGGAGGGAGGAAGCAGUUUACGUCACUUGUUCAUUAGGAGGGGUUUGGAGCUUGUUUUGCCCAGACUCAGACCACCGACCAAUCACAUGAGAUGUACGAGCAGGCUCACUGCUGCUCCAACUUGUUUUUGCUAUGAGUGGCUCUGCACAGACAUACAGCAAGAAUCAGCUGAAAUUUCAACCUGUGAAAUAAAACCACUCGUUUGUUUUCUUUUCAUUUAACAAAAUCUGACUGACAGGACUGAACAGAAUCAAGCAGGAAGUUUCAGUGUUAUUUAUAAUAAUUUCAAAGUUCAGAGUCUCAGAAGGGUCUUCAAAUGAUUAUAAAUGUAACUGAAGGAUGUGUUUGUUGGGUUAUAUGAUAAUUAAUAAUGUAUUUUUUGUGGAAUAUUUUAUAUGUUUUAUCUGAUAAUACAAUUAAAACUACCCCAACUGUU